AUGUGUGACGACGACGUUGCGGCUCUUGUAAUCGACAAUGGUUCUGGCAUGUGCAAAGCUGGUUUCGCUGGUGAUGAUGCUCCACGUGCUGUUUUUCCAUCUAUUGUUGGUCGCCCGAGACAUCAAGGUGUAAUGGUUGGAAUGGGGCAAAAGGAUUCGUAUGUCGGUGAUGAAGCUCAGUCGAAACGAGGUAUUCUCACGCUGAAAUAUCCGAUCGAGCAUGGCAUUGUGACCAACUGGGAUGAUAUGGAAAAGAUUUGGCAUCAUACAUUUUAUAAUGAAUUGCGUGUAGCACCAGAAGAGCAUCCAGUUUUAUUGACGGAAGCACCACUGAAUCCAAAGGCAAAUAGAGAAAAGAUGACACAAAUUAUGUUUGAAACCUUUAACACCCCAGCUAUGUACGUUGCAAUCCAGGCUGUGCUAUCCCUAUAUGCUUCUGGUCGUACAACUGGUAUUGUGCUUGACACUGGUGAUGGUGUUACACAUACUGUCCCAAUUUAUGAAGGCUAUGCACUGCCGCACGCAAUUCUGCGUCUCGAUUUGGCUGGUCGUGAUCUCACCGAUUACCUCAUGAAAAUUCUUACCGAGCGCGGCUACUCGUUUACGACCACUGCGGAGCGUGAAAUUGUUCGGGAUAUCAAGGAAAAACUGUGCUAUGUAGCUUUGGACUUUGAGCAAGAAAUGGCUACUGCAGCAUCAUCAUCAUCGUUGGAAAAAAGCUAUGAACUUCCCGAUGGACAGGUCAUCACUAUCGGCAACGAACGGUUCCGAUGCCCGGAGGCACUCUUCCAGCCCUCAUUCCUUGGAAUGGAGUCUACUGGUAUUCAUGAAACAACGUACAACAGCAUCAUGAAGUGCGAUGUUGAUAUCCGAAAAGAUCUAUAUGCGAACACUGUUCUUUCGGGAGGUACUUCGAUGUUCCCGGGUAUUGCUGAUCGUAUGCAGAAGGAGAUUACUGCACUUGCCCCAAGCACAAUGAAAAUUAAGAUUAUUGCUCCACCAGAGCGUAAAUAUUCGGUUUGGAUUGGUGGUUCUAUCCUGGCGUCACUCUCCACUUUCCAGCAGAUGUGGAUCUCGAAGCAAGAAUAUGAUGAAUCGGGACCUUCAAUUGUUCACCGUAAAUGUUUCUAG